GGUGCUCAGCUCUGUGCUGGACAAGUGGACAGAGGCUGACCCCUCCUUCAAGUCACUGAAGCGCCCCUUGUCCAGCUCAGUUUUUAUCGUGUUCUGCAUCAGCACCCUGUUCUGUGUUCAUGAAUCCUCCUCCCUGCCCCAGCCCCCAGAAUCACAGCCCAGGAAGUCAGAGCUUUUUAUCUGCUUUGUCACACGUAUCCCAGCACCAGGAAUGGUGCCUGGCGUGCUUGGCAAAUAUUGGGUGAGUGAAGCUUAUGUGUCUGAGUGGAGGGCAGACCUCAAAUAAGAAGCUGCAGAGAGUUAGAACUUCUUUGAAGAAAAAAAACAAAACAAAACAGGGUCACACAACAGAGAAGGGACUGUGUUGCCCAGUAUGCUCAUGGGAGGGAAGCUAAGGGAGCAGAUGACACAGACUGAAACACCAGCCAUGAGAAAUGGUGGACCGUGUCCUGGCAGAGGGAACAGCACUUGUUUUGGGGAACACCGGAGAGGCCUGCCUGAGUCUGGAGGGAGGCCACAGCACACAGGACCUCACAGGCCAGAGAGAACCUUCAGGCUUUGUUCAGAGCCUGUGGGGGCCCCACAGUUUUGAGGGCUCACCCUACUGUGAUUUGGACUGUGGGGUAGGCUGGGCUUUGGGGACCAGCAAGCGGCUCUGUGCCAGACAGCAGCCUCAGGGACCAUGGGGUGUUAGAAUUUGAGGGACUGAAUGUUAGGUGAGGAAGGAAGCAGGGAGGAGGCUUGGGGAAGGAGUUGUUCUUCAGUCCUGGGCUGGCUAAGAGAUCGGCACCCAGGCCUCAAGCGUACCGCCUAUCUUGGCCCUGGAAGCCCCCCUUCCCCACCCUGCUGUGUUUUCUGGCCAGUCUGGCCCUCAGGAAAGGCCAUGGACCCAGCUGGAACCUGCUGCCUGCCCCUGGGGGAGGGGUGUUUGUCUGUUGCCAGGCACCCAGGUUCCACCCGGGGACUUGGCACAGCCAUGCUGCUCACACCAUUCGCCCUGCUACUGCUGCCCCUGCUGGCGAUGCCAGCCCCCUCCCAUGCCUGGUCACGGCCCCUGUGGUACCAGGUGGGGCUGGACCUACAGCCCUGGGGGUGUCAUCCGAACACCUUGGAAGGCUGUGGGGGCAGUCUGGGCUGUCCUGGCCACUGGAUGGGCCUGGGGAUGAACCGCAUCUACCCUGUGGCUGGGGUCACACUCACCACCACCAUGAUGCUGAUGGUCAGCCGUGCGGUGCUACAGCGGUGGCGCUCCCAGGGCACUAAGUCUGAGCACCCGCAGGUGACCACUAGCCCCUCCGGACCCUGGAAACGGCGGAAUCCGAUCUCAGACCGCGCCCUGCUCAUUGGGGUCCUGCACAUGCUGGAUGCCCUCCUGGUCCAUAUUGACUGCCACCUGCGGCGUAUAACGACCAAACAGAAAACCCCAAUAAAGGGAUCUCCCACCCAGAGUGGGUGACCCAACAUAUGUCU